AAGGAUAUAAAGUACACUAUAUCCAUAUAUAUGAUACAGCGACCGAUGCGCGCGUCUGUAGCAGAAGACAAAAAUGCAGCGCACGAAACACGUGUGAAGUCGUAGAUUUGUAUAUUCGGUUACAUAUUUAUUUUCACGAGUCGUCGGGUUAUUUAUAUAAUGACGUAAAGCUUACGUUAUAAAGGUCUUGCAAAGAUAAAAUGUAUAUAACCUCAUUUUUAUGAAACACUACAUAUACAUUAUAGAUUAUAAGUGACAUCUUCUGAAGAAGCUUUUGAAAAACAAAAUGCUGCCAUCCAAGACACGUCAUUUUGAGAUGCUUCUUCAUAGAAGUAGAGCCUUGUCUCAAAAAAUAAAUAAUAAUCGAGUGGCGAGUAUUGGAAUAAAUUUGAUGCAACCUAUGCGAGGCAAGAAAGAUGAUAGUAAUCCUAAUAUUUCAUCAUUGUUUCGGCCAAUACCAAUUAAACCAAAUCCAGAUGAUAUCAAUGUAGGAGCAGAACUUACUACAGCUUUAAAAAAGUCUGAUUUAUUGAAAAUUCUUAACUCUUUUAUGUUAAAAAAAGAAGUUCGAGCAUUAGCAAUAGAAUAUGGUUUGGACAAAUAUCUUUGGCAAGAAGCAUCUACUAGUUUUCGACGAUAUUGUAUUGAAUCAGAGACUCUCCCAGUGGAUCUACAUGUUGUGGUAUGUGAUAUACUUCAAGGUGUUGGAAAUAUAACAGAUAUAUUUCCGUACUUUAUGCGACAUGCGAAAGAAAUUUUUCCUCACAUAGAUUGUAUGGAUGAUUUGAAAAAAAUCAGUGACCUGAGAACACCAGCUAAUUGGUACCCUGUAGCAAGAGCUAUAACUAGAAAAAUUAUUUUUCAUGCGGGACCUACGAACAGUGGUAAAACAUACCAUGCCCUCGAGCGUUUUAUGUCUGCUAAAACUGGCGUAUAUUGUGGUCCUUUGAAAAUGUUGGCUACUGAAGUUUAUAAUAAAUCUAAUAAAAAUGGGACACCAUGUGAUUUAGUCACAGGAGAAGAAAGGAAAUAUGCUAAAGAUGAAAAUAAUCCUUCAAACCAUGUGGCUUGUACAGUUGAAAUGAUGAACCUUAAUCAUCCAUGUGAAGUGGCAGUCAUAGAUGAGAUUCAGUUGAUACAAGAUCCAGGAAGAGGUUGGGCUUGGACAAGAGCUGUUUUGGGUAUUCCAGCAAAUGAGAUACAUCUUUGUGGCGAAGUAGCAGCCAUUGAUUUAAUCCAAUCUUUGUGUGCAACUACCGGUGAAGAUGUUGAAGUUAGAAAAUACAAACGUUUGACAGAACUUGAAAUAGAAGAUGCUGCUCUUGGCACACUAAGUAAUGUCCAGCCUGGUGACUGCAUUGUUUGUUUUAAUAAAAACGAUAUUUACACUGUAUCUCGAAAUCUUGAACAAAGAAAUAUGGAAGUGGCUGUGAUAUACGGAAGUUUACCUCCUGGAACAAAACUCGCACAAGCGGCUAAAUUUAAUGAUCCUAAUCAUCCUUGCAAGGUUUUAGUUGCAACUGAUGCUAUAGGAAUGGGCUUAAACUUGCACAUUCGCCGGUUAAUAUUCUACUCUUUAAUAAAACCGUCGAUAAAUAAGAAAGGUGAAAGAGAAAUGGACACUAUAUCUGUAUCUUCUGCUUUGCAAAUUGCUGGUAGAGCAGGUAGAUAUGGAACACAAUGGGAAAAGGGAUUCGUGACUACUUUUAAACCAGAAGAUCUUCCAACACUGAAGAGUUUACUUAGUCAAUCUCCAGAUACUAUUACACAAGCUGGUUUACACCCUACAGCAGACCAAAUAGAAUUGUAUGCUUAUCAUCUACCAAAGGCUCCUUUAUCCAAUCUUAUGGAUAUUUUUGUUUCACUUUGUACAGUUGACGAUUCAAUGUAUUUUAUGUGCAAUAUUGACGACUUUAAAUUUCUUGCCGAUAUGAUUGAGCAUGUUCCUCUUCCAUUGCGAGCUCGAUACGUUUUUUGUUGCGCUCCAAUCAAUAGAAAAUUACCGUUUGUUUGCACGAUGUUUUUAAAGUUUGCAAGGCAGUACUGUAAAAAUGAACCAAUUACGUUUAAUUGGCUCUGUUUGCACAUUGGUUGGCCAUUAACCUCACCAAAGACAUUGAUAGAUCUCGUACAUUUAGAAGCAGUAUUUGACGUGUUAGAUCUAUAUCUUUGGCUAAGUUAUCGGUUUCCUGACUUAUUCCCUGAACCCAACAUGGUACAAGAUAUGCAAAAAGAACUUGAUUCAGUCAUUCAACAAAGUAUAUUCCAGUUGACCAGGCUUCUUAAAAAUUCAGAAUCAGGCUUAACAAGCGCAGUAUUCAGUACUAUUGAUGAAGAUAAUUUUGAAUUAAACAAGCAGAAAAAUAAUUAUUUAAGAGAACCACCAGCAGAAGAAUCUGUUCCACCAAUUUCCUACAAAGGAAAAUUGACCGAAAGAUUGUUAGCUCAAGGACUGUUAACUCCAAGUAUGCUCCAAGAAUUGCAACGGGAAUGGACGAAAAAUAAUAAAAUCGACGAAAAAGAUCGUACAUCAAGAAGAAAAUUUACAAGAAAGCCCAAAUAAUACACAAUAAUUAAUAUUUGGGCUUAAUGUUUAUAUAUCUAUGUACAAAUUUGCAAAGGCUAAAUGAUGUAAAAGUACAUUCAUGUAUUUUUUAAAGAAAAAAGCCUAUGUUGUAAAAUAUUGUUCUAAUUUUUACAUUUGUUAACUUAGAAAAGAUAAUUUUACAUAAAAUAUAAUAAUGAUCGACUUGAAUCAGUCUUUGAACUAUGCAUAAACUUAUUUUUAUGUUGACUAAUA